AAAUUUUCUUCUCCAAAAUAAGAGGUAAAAGUCGAGAAGAUAUGAGCCUUGCCUGUUCAUAAUGGUGGCUUAGAAGUUAGGCCAUUGUAACCUCGUUAUUUCCGAAGAUCACUUGGUAUUUAAGGCCAAGCUAGACCUUUCUUUGGAGUGGCAGCAAUGCCUUAAGCUUGUAAAUUCCUAUUAGUCUAUAGGCCGCACAGAGCUGAGCCGAAAUGGAGAUCCAAUCACACCAGAAUCAAAAUCUACGAAGCGAUGAAGCUGCCAUUGUCGACCCAUCUGAGAUAACACAGUUCAUCAACCAGCGGGAGUCAGAACGAAGUCAUCUGAGUAAGAGCACUUUUACUCAGCCUGGUGAAUUUACUGUCAUUGUCAACCCUCCUAGCGACGCUACAAAUAACCAUGAUGCUAAGUCGGAUGCGUCUCGGGUUGGACAUUCAUAUCCCAGCACUAUUGACGAUAGGGGUAAUAGCGAGAGACUUCGGGAUAAUAGAGAAGUUCCUUUUCGGUAUCCAGAACUACCUGAAUCACAGGAAAGCACAGUCGCGGGGACAGGUAGUUGGUCAGAAAUCAAUGAGCAAGAUGAUAUGGCGAAACAACUACGAGACGCCAUGAUAGAUUCUGCAGAUGGAAAAAGGUUCCUCCCUUUGGACAAGCUGGACAUGAUUGUCACAGAGAAAGCUGUCCACAACGAGCUUUCUCAUAACCAUGAACAUAUUUCUGCGCAACGCAUCUGCCGGAGACAAGAGAUAAUCGAAAACGAUAGGACACAAUAUACAUCAUACCAAAAGAUUUUCGCUAUCUUGGUUCUUAUGGGCGAAGUUCAGCUUAUGUCUGACUUCUUGGACGAGGGAAUCAGAGAUUGGGAUCUACCUUUGAAGUCGUGGAAUACUCGAGAGAGCACCUUCCUUGUUGCACGACACAAUGAAGAAGAUCCUGGGCCAUUAUAUCGGCUGCAGACAGCUAAUAACUGGUCGGCGAGUCAGAUUGACUUUUUCCAAAGCCAACAAUGGAUUAUAUGCGCCACUUUCUUUUCUAGAGCGGAGCAUCUAGGAGAAAAGGUUCACUUAUAUCAGCUAAGUCCCCACGACGUACUCCCUUUUAUUAAGCCGGGAACCGAUGACCAUGGAAAUCCCGCAUAUCUAAACCAGGGUUUCUUUUCCACCGUUCGACGUGUGAAAAUUCACCCAGCGCAUCAUAACUUCCCAAUUCAUAAAGAUAAUCCAGGAGCUGACUUUGCCGUCAAAGAGCUCAUUAGGGUAUGGGAUGAGAAUGAGAAACAGAGUGACCCUAAGGACUACAGAAAGAGCUUUGACCAAGAAGUUCAAGCAUUGAAACGCUUUUGCCAAAGGAACGAACGAUACAUCGUGAAGUUAUUGGCUACUUAUGAAAUCAAUGGCAAAUAUUAUCUCCUUUUCCCAGCAGCAGAUGGGAAUCUUAUGAACAACUGGGAAGAAAACCCAGAACCAAAGGGAAUACCAGCAUUGUGGCUUGCACAGGAGUGCCUGGGUAUUGCACAAGCUUUGCACAAGAUCCACAAGUAUACUUAUACACCACCGGGUGUAGGAACUUCAUUUCUCGGGUCCCAGCACAUACCAAACCAUGGUAUACAUGGUGAUAUAAAACCGCAAAAUAUUCUCUGGUUUAAAAGGCUUCCAGGUCAUCUUGUGGGUGAUACGCGCAACAAAGACAGUAUAUCCCAAGUGACCGAUUCUUCUGGUCUUGGGUUUUUGCAAAUCUCUGAUUUCGGAACCGUCAAAUUCCAUCGAUAUAUGUCGAUGAGAGGCAACGAUAUAUUGGUCAGAGGCAAUACAUACCGAGCACCCGAAUCUGAUCUUCCAGGAAAUCGAGGCUCUCCAGCAAUUGACAUUUGGGCAUUUGGAUGUCUCUAUCUUGAUUUGAUCACAUGGUAUGUCCGAGGUGGCAAGAGCGUCUGCAACGAUUUCCCCCUGGCUCGUUCAGCAGACGAGCCCAAGCAAUUGAUUGAAGGUUUCGCCGGCGACGACAAGUUCUACAUUGCAAAGAGUGAGCUGUUUACAGGACGACAACUUCAUAUCGUGAAGCCGAGGGUCUCAGAGUGGAUAAUGCACCUCCGAAGAGAGCCACGCUGCUCUCAGUUCAUACACGAUUUCCUAGACUUCGUUGAAACGCAAAUGUUAAUCAUAGACCCAGAGGAGAGAUGCAAAUGUCCUGUAGUAGUUGAUACGCUACAGAAGCUUCUACAAAGGUGUAUUGAUAACCAAGAAUACUACGCCAUUGGGAUACCUCAUACAUGGAUGAAUCUAAGGUCCAACUUCAUGCUACUAAAAGCGAAGGUGAGACAAUUUGCACAAUUUAUCGACUCUCGUGGUCAAAUAGUCUCACUCAUACUUGCUGUGGUUGUUUUGGCUGGGCUAUCCUGGUAAUGAUAGGUAUUUUAUACAUUGAUAUACGAAGAUAUAGACAUUGAAAGCGUUGACGUAGUUUCAGAUCUCCUAUCCCAACCCUAGUUCCAAUAGGAGAAUCCGUAUAUGAUUCUUUAUGAGUUUCAGAGAAGACCAUUAGUCCUGACUUUCAUAGUGCUUCUUAGCCUGUGUCUUAAUCCACUCAUACUGCGCAGUACUAAGCCCAGGCUCGGGAACCCAGACUUGAUAUACCCCGUGAGCGGCGGUCUAGAGGUCUAGUCAGUCCGUUACUAAUAAUUAGAAUCAUUGAUGCGUUUUAAGGUGUACUAACUGGUUCUGAAAACUGAUUACCGC